AUGAAUGUCAACGAAGGAAAAGCUAGCAGCAGCUACACACAAGGACGAGGAAAUCGUGGUGGUUAUCGUGGAAGAUAUAGAGGAGGACGAGGAACUCGUGGACGUGGUGGUCGAUCACAUAGCACCGAUCAAAUGAGUGAAAGCAAUCCAACAUCAGGUCGUGGACGAGGAUUCAGAGGCCGAGGUAGGGGCAGAUAUCAACAAGGAAGUAAAUUCCAGUACUGCGGCAACAAGCAUAUGCAAGGUUUUCCAGAAUGGCGAAGGGUGAGAAACAAAGAACUUGAUAGUCGAUGUGCUCUUGAAGAUGAUGAUGCACCAUUCAAUUAUGGGAUCUACACACGAGCUAUAGAAUCUGAGAUUACUUCAUCCAGCAUCUUUUUCCCGAGAUUCUGUUUCUGUCUCUGGUGGGGUUUGCAGAAUCUAAGUACACUUGGUCAGGGCCUUGAAACCAGCACAUAUUCAGGAGAGGUUCUCUUUUCCAUAGCAAUAGCCAUCUUUGGGCUUAUCCUUAUGGCACUUUUGAUCGGAAACAUGCAGAUGAUUUUAGGUAAUGUUGCAUAUUACUCCCCUUGCGUGGACCAACAAAAUUCUGGCUCUGAUUCUGAAUUCUGUUUUCUAAGUUAUGAGCAUGAUUCUCAAAACUGCCAGAAAUGGCUGAAAGUUAAUUGUCAAACCUACCUUCAGUCUCUUACGGUUCGUCUUGAGGAAAUGAGGAUCAAAAGGCGUGACUCCGAGUUAUGGAUGCAUCAUCGUGCACUUCCUGAGGAUCUCAAGGAGAGAGUUCGGCGCUAUGACCAAUACAAAUGGAUGGAGACUCGUGGAGUUGAUGAAGAGAACUUAGUCCAGAGUUUACCAAAAGAUCUGAGGAGGGACAUUAAGCGACAUCUCUGUUUGAAUCUGGUCCGAAGGGUUCCUUUGUUUGCCAAUAUGGAUGAGAGGUUACUUGAUGCAAUCUGUGAACGACUCAAACCAAGUCUAUACACAGAAUACACUUACAUAGUCCGUGAAGGGGAUCCGGUAAACGAGAUGCUUUUCGUCAUACGUGGUCGCCUCGAAAGUGUGACGACAGAUGGUGGGAGGAGCGGUUUUUUUAACAGGGGUUUGCUGAAAGAGGGGGAUUUUUGUGGUGAGGAGCUUUUGACUUGGGCGCUUGACCCCAAAGCUAGUUCCAACUUACCAUUGUCUACUCGAACAGUCAUGGCUUUAACAGAGGUGGAGGCUUUUGCUUUAGAAGCUGAAGAGCUGAAAUUCGUUUCGAGUCAGUUCAGGCGCCUCCAUAGUAGGCAGGUUCAGCACACCUUCCGGUUCUACUCACAGCAAUGGCGGACUUGGGCUGCCUGCUUCAUCCAAACCGCAUGGCGUAAGCAUGUGAAAAGGAAAGAAGCGGGACUUCGACGUAAGGAAGAGGAGGAGGAGAAUCUAGACUAUAUUUAUGAUGAUCAGCAGGCCUUAAUUGAUCAAACUGAUAGCACUGCAGAAUCCCACAGCCUUCGUGCAACUGUAUUUGCAUCUCGGUUUGCAGCUAAUAUUCGCGAACAAAAGGGUAAAGGCUCGACUAGUUCAAAGAGCUUGCUCAAGGUUUCGAAGCCGAAAGAUCCUGAUUUCUACGAUCUUGACUCAUAA